AUGCAGAGAAUAUUAGAGAAGAAACACUUCCGAAACAAACAGAAAGAGAUAGAAUACAUUUCGAAGAAAUUGCAAUCUUACGAUUGGAAGACUUACCCUCACAGAUGUCUUCUUAUUUUAGAUGACUUUGCUUCUCAUCCUUUGUUAAAGAAUAGAGAACAAGAUAUGUGUCGAAUUCUUAAGAAGCUCAGACACUUUAACAUUUCAGUCGUAAUAUGUGUACAGACAGCAAAGAGUUUAAGUAAGGAUGUUAAAAGAAUACUUACUGACAUUAUACUUUUCCCUGGAUUGUCCGAAGACGAUUUCAUGGAACUUAUGAAAGAGUCCAUGGCAGGUAAGUUUGACAGACAUGAACUAUGGGAGAAGUACAAAGCCAUACAAGACCCUCAUACUUCUUUCAGAAUUCAUAUCUACGCAAACAAAGUUCAAAUUGUAAAAAGUCAAGCUUGA